AGCCAAUCAGUCAGUAUCAAUAAAUGAUCAGGCUGCCUGGGGAAGAUCAGGCAGCAGUGGAGUGCUGAGGAUUUCUCUUGAAUCAGACUGAGGUCAGAAGCUGUGCGUGAGAGGAAAAUGUAAAGAAAGCAGCUGAAUGAGCCGAGGUCUGUUCUCAGGAAAAACACACAAACACAAAUACGAGAAAAAGAAGCUUGUUAUUCAUUGGAGGUGGAGGAAGUUUAAAAUGGCAAGAAUGGCAUGCCCACCAUUUACAGAUACAUGUGACGACUGCUGAAGAUGUCCGAUAGUAUUGAUGCUGAAGAGAAACCACCAGCUCCUCCCUUGAGAAUGAACAGUAAUAAUCGUGAUUCAUCUUCCCUUAACCACGGCUCGAAGCCACUUCCAUUGGUUCCUGAGGAAAAGAACAAGAAAGCCAGACUGCGUUCGAUCUUCCCAGGAGCAGGCGACAAGACGAACAAGAAGAAGGAAAAAGAACGCCCAGAGAUCUCUCUUCCUUCAGACUUUGAGCACACGAUUCAUGUGGGAUUCGAUGCAGUUACAGGAGAAUUUACAGGCAUUCCUGAGCAAUGGGCAAGACUUCUACAGACGUCCAACAUUACUAAACUGGAGCAAAAGAAAAACCCUCAGGCUGUCCUGGAUGUCCUGAAAUUCUACGAUUCCAAAGAGACUGUCAAUAAUCAGAAAUACAUGAGCUUCACUUCUGGAGAUAUACAUACUGCUCCCAGGCUUCCCUCUGUGCCACUCUUGUACCAACCAGUAAGAGCAGUCUAUUCACUGAUGGUACCCCUUCUAAAGCAGUACAAGUGCACAGAGAUAACUGAUAAACCAGCCGAUGGAUACAUAGCAGCAAAUGCUCUGAACACCAAGAUAGCAUCUGAACCACCAGUUGUACCACCCGUGUCAGAGGAUGAUGAUGAAGAUGAUGACGAUGAUGACAACAUGCCACCGCCAGUGAUAGCGCCACGACCAGAACACACCAAAUCGAUUUUUACCCGCUCAGUGAUUGAGCCCAUUGUGCCAGUGGCUCCUGUUAAAGAUGUGACAACCUCUCCAGUCACAACACCACCUGAAAACAUCACCACCAGUCUGAACAGCCAGCUUUGCAGAAAUACGGACAAGCAAAGGAAGAAAUCCAAGAUGACAGAUGAAGAGAUUCUUGAAAAAUUAAGAAGCAUAGUGAGCGUGGGUGAUCCCAAAAAGAAGUACACAAGAUUUGAAAAGAUUGGGCAGGGAGCAUCAGGCACUGUAUACACUGCAAUAGACAUUGCCACUGGGCAAGAGGUGGCAAUCAAGCAGAUGAACCUACAGCAACAACCCAAGAAGGAGCUGAUUAUAAAUGAAAUCCUUGUCAUGAGGGAAAAUAAGAAUGCAAACAUUGUGAACUAUUUAGACAGUUACCUUGUAGGGGAUGAGCUCUGGGUAGUAAUGGAAUAUCUGGCUGGGGGCUCCUUGACAGAUGUAGUCACAGAGACCUGUAUGGAUGAAGGCCAGAUAGCAGCAGUGUGCCGGGAGUGUUUACAAGCCCUGGAAUUCCUUCACUCCAAUCAAGUUAUCCAUAGAGAUAUCAAGAGUGACAACAUACUGCUGGGAAUGGAUGGAUCAGUUAAAUUAACGGAUUUUGGAUUCUGUGCUCAAAUCACCCCUGAACAGAACAAACGGAGCACAAUGGUGGGGACGCCAUAUUGGAUGGCGCCAGAAGUAGUGACUCGAAAAGCCUAUGGUCCGAAAGUGGACAUAUGGUCAUUAGGAAUUAUGGCAAUUGAAAUGAUUGAAGGAGAACCGCCUUAUCUGAAUGAAAACCCUCUCAGGGCCUUGUAUUUGAUUGCUACCAAUGGGACUCCAGAACUGCAGAACCCAGAGAAACUCUCAGGAGUCUUCAGGGACUUCCUCAAUCGCUGCUUAGAAAUGGAUGUGGAGCGGCGGGGCUCAGCCAAGGAGCUUCUACAGCAUCCAUUUUUGAAAUUUGCAAAGCCACUGUCAAGUCUCACACCUCUGAUAAUUGCAGCUAAGGAGGCAGUUAAAAACAACCGUUAGAGCAAGGGAUGGAUUCCAUCAACACCCCUCUCUCCCUCCUGCCUUCAAAGAGGGGAUAACCAGAGCUGGACAGUGUCUCACCUGGAGAAACCUCGAGCUCUUUCCGCUUCAGGACAGAGAAAGCUAGCACAGCGAUGGGGUAUUACAAUGAUGUCUCUUCUCAUCUUAACACCUUGUCCCAUCUGAAGUCUUGAUUUUAAAACAGAGUUGCCCAUAUUGAAAUGGCAUUGUGGUGUUUUUCUUUACUUUUCACUUCUCUCCUCCCAGCAUAAAUUUUUCAUUUUUUUUUACAAAUGUUUGGCCAUUUUGAGGGUCUAAGUAGAGACUUGACACAUUUGUAAAAUAUCAAGGCUUAAUAACAAGGCUGUAAACUAGCAAUCGAGCGAAGCCUUUUGGAAACAUUUGUUUUGACAAACGAAAACAGCUCUUCAGGAAUUGCCCGUGAUUGUGAAGUAAAUGUCUGGGUAUUUUAAUGUUCCAGUGGGUACUAAACCAUGCCAUGCUUCCAAAAGAGAGAUGCUCUGUCAGACUAAAAAAAAGAGGCCUUAAGUUCUUUGGUAUUGCUUUAUAACACAUUCACUGUUCUGUGACAAAUGAAGUUUUCAUUCUUUUGUGUAUAUAUAUAUUUUUUACAGGUUUCAAGUCUAUCUCUUAAUAUUCCUUUAGUAUAUACUCUUAAUAUUUAUUGGUACGGGAGCUGGAACUAUUGGGUUUUCUGUUGGAUAUCUUGAUAUUUUUGUUUCCCAAUCACCUGCAGUAUUCUGGAAAGGUUCCAUUUUUUACACUUUGGAAAGCUGUUCAGUAAGCGCAGGUGUGGAUUGUUGAAAUAAUGGAAACCAUUCCUAGCAAA